UCUCUCUCUGUCUACCCCGUGGCGCGUAUCAUUAUUGAAUUGGUGUAGGAUUUUAAACUGACGUUCCGCGUGUUCACAAGGUCAUUUAAAAUAUCUUUUUCAACGUCCGUGUCUCAACAGAUGGCCGCUGUAGACACUCCUCUCACAGACCCGGGGUGUUGUGUGUGUGUGUGUACUAGCAGUAGCAGCAGGGUGUCGGGAAAUCAGCCCGAAUCUACGAGACAUCAGCGUCGUUCGCUGCUGCUGUUGCGUAAGGGCACAUGUUCGCCUCGGCAGCUUGUGUGAGGAACCGGCGCGGCUGAGUGAGGAGCACCGACGGCAGAUAUCUGGCGAUUUUCCUGACUUAUACCAAUUUAAACCGUCAGCGAAACACACCGACUUCAUUUUAAGUUAAGAAAUCUUCCGACGUCAGACACGGGGCCAGACUGCAGCCAUGUCGGAGCACAUUCAGAUCAGCAGUCCUAAUGUGAGGUACGCAGAAACGCACAUUGAGGCUCGGUAUUCGUACCAAACCACAGCAGUACACAGAAAAGGGGAUAUAAUUACUGUGACCCCCUCCACCUGUGAGCUGACAUUCCGCACCCAGAGAUGCGUGCCCCGGCUUGGUGUGAUGCUGGUGGGAUGGGGAGGCAACAACGGGACCACUGUCACAGCGGCUGUACUGGCCAACAAACUGGGCCUCACCUGGAGGACCAAGACUGGGGAGAAGAAGGCGAACUAUUUCGGCUCCCUCCUGCAGGCAUCUACUGUUUGUCUGGGAAUGGGACCGGAUGGAGAGGUCAACGUGCCUUUCCGUGACCUCUUACCCAUGGUGCAGCCUGAUGAUAUUAUCUUUGACGGAUGGGACAUCUCAUCAAUGGACCUCGGCCAGGCAAUGGAGCGAGCGCAAGUACUUGACUGGACAUUACAAGAGAAGCUCCGCCCUCAUAUGAGCUGCCUAAAACCCAGAUCCUCUAUCUACAUCCCAGAAUUCAUAGCUGCUAACCAACAGAGUCGGGCUGACAACGUCCUGACAGGGACCACGGCAGAGCAAGUAGACCAACUCAGAGCUGAUAUCAGGGACUUCCGUCAGUCAAGUGGUGUAGAUAAAGUCAUCGUCUUGUGGACUGCCAACACCGAGCGCUUCUGUGAUAUUAUACCCGGGGUCAAUGACACCGCCCAGAACCUACUAGCUGCCAUCCAGUCUGGUGCAGAGGUUUCUCCCUCCACUCUUUUUGCCGUGGCCAGCAUAUUGGAGGGCUGUGCCUACAUCAACGGCUCCCCGCAAAACACCUUCGUUCCCGGGGCUGUAGAGCUGGCUGUGCAGCAAGGAGUGUUCAUCGGUGGAGACGACUUCAAGUCAGGUCAGACCAAGAUCAAGUCAGUACUGGUGGACUUCCUGGUCAGCGCAGGCAUCAAGCCAACCUCCAUUGUCAGCUACAAUCACCUUGGCAACAAUGAUGGGAAGAACCUGUCGGCUCCGCUGCAGUUCCGCUCCAAGGAGAUCUCCAAAAGCAACGUGGUGGAUGACAUGGUCCAGUCCAACCCCAUACUGUACCAGCCCGGAGAGAAACCUGACCACUGUGUGGUAAUUAAAUAUGUCCCAUAUGUGGGAGACAGCAAGCGUGCCAUGGAUGAAUACACCUCUGAAAUCAUGAUGGGGGGUACCAACACAAUCGCACUGCACAACACCUGCGAGGACUCGCUGCUGGCCAGCCCUAUUAUUCUGGACCUGGUGAUCCUGACGGAGCUGUGUCAGCGUAUAGCGGUCCGUCCUCAGGGAGAGGAGGACUUCCAGUCUUUCCACAGUGUCCUAGGUCUGCUGUCCUUCCUCUGUAAGGCCCCGCUGGUCCCCCCAGGAGCCCCGCUUGUCAAUGCCUUUUUCCGCCAGAGAGCCUGCAUAGAGAACAUCAUGAGGGCUUGCCUUGGACUGCCCCCUCAGAACCACAUGCAUCUGGAGCACAAGCUGCAGAAAGGCUUUCUGCCCCUCCACAGCCACCACAUCCACAGCGAAAUGACUGCUAGGAACAAAGCGGCUCUUAUCAACAGGAACCACGUACCUCUAACCAAUGGAGUCAGUCCACAUGUCAAUAAGGCAACGCUUGAAUAGUGAUCUUAGAUACCUAUCCCAGGAUAGAACAGAAACGCACAUCUCUCAGUUGUCACUGUAAUUCCAUUUAUCAGAAAUCCUAAGGCAUGUUAUUUGGUUUAAACUGACAUUGAUAUCUCUGAUGGACCCCCAUGAAUGUUUCAGAGAAUCCUUGCAUGGUAUAGGCUGUUUAAGUCUAUGUAAAAAUAAUCAUCAACGGACUUGCAUUGGUGUACCCUAACACUACGAUUCUGUAUGAUCGUCAAAAUGAACUACCUAUAGAUGCUAAUAAAAACUUGACAGUUAUAGUUUGUA